CGGAAUAUCUCUCUAAUUUGACAUUGUAUCCAAAAUCCGAAGAGGCCAUUUUCUUCACCUCGUAAAUCAGCCCUAUACACAAUGUCGACCAACCCAUUCCAGUCACAAUUUAUAAUACAUUAAUUGAGUUUGGAAUUUUUGACUUUUGACACAUUUACUAGGAAGCUGGCCUCUAUCAGGGCCUGUUUUGCAUUUUCGACUUUUUUCCUACUUUUUUGCCGGGUAGCUCACUUGGGGUCGUGCCCCAUUUUCGCUUUUUUUGGCCCUAUGUGCCUCGCAACUUCAAUAUCACAACGCGACAUCCCUCACCUCACAACCUAAACUAUACCCACCACCAUACCGCCAAACACGCCUUUAUGAUACCACGAUACACAUACCAAACCUACGCCGCCCACCAUCAUCCACCCACGACCAAUCCACACCCACAAGCCGCGCCGAGCCCUCCUCACCAUCAUCCCCAAGCGCGCUUGAACGCGCCCCGCGACUCCACGACUCUUCGCCAUACUUCUCACCGUACGCGCACACACCAUACCAUGGCGCUCCCCCUCCCCGUGGGGUUGACACCAGCAGAAAUGGCUUUCCUGUGUGAAAACGAACCUAUAACCGUUAUUCCGCGGCAGAGAAUGAGAUCGAUUGAGUUACUCUCGGGCCCGACACCACAACUCAAUCCCCCCCGCCCUACAACCCUGCCGCUGUGGCUCGCACUCCUACUCCACCGACAAAACCGCGCGACGUUAGUGCCCCCGCCCUGGCUAACAGCCGCAGGCCUAGAGACGAUACUAGCAGCCGAGCUCGCCAGCUCGGAGUUCUGCGACAUGCUCCCCUUCCACUGGGUUGAGAUCGCGCAGGCGCUUGUUAGUGGAGGUUGUCUUGGCGGGGAAGAGGCGGUGGUGGGACGGCUGGUGAGGGGGGUGAGGGAGGUGAGGGGGGGGAAGGUUAGGGGGUUUGUUGUCGCCGGCGAGGGGGAGGAUGUGGUUGGAAAGGUGGGGGUGAGGGGGGUGGGGAGUGUGGGUGCUUGGGAGGUUGGGGAGGUGAGGGGGGUUGUGAGGGGGGUGGUGUGGGGGUUGGCGAGGUUGGGUGGGGGGAGGGAGGCGGAGGGGAGGAGGGAGGAGGAGGAGGAUGAGGAGGAGGAGGGGGGGAUUGAGAUGGGUGAGGGGUUUUAG